AGAGUUCGACUUCAAACACAGUCGUCUCAUGGACCCAAUCGGCGGUAUACGGGUGUGUGGAAUUGUUUCAAAAGCAUCGUCCGUGAAGAAAAGGUCAGCGGACUUUUCAAAGGAAUGGUUUCUCCGCUGGUCGGCGUCGCCUUAAUCAAUAGUAUCCUGUUUGGUGUAUACGGAUCUGCUUUGCGACAUGUUGCAAAAGACAUUGAAGCACCAACGGUAUCAGAUAUUUUUUGGGCAGGAUCUAUUUCUGGGUUUGUAAAUGGCUUUUUUAGUUCACCUAUGGAGCUAGUAAAAAUUCGAUUGCAGAAUCAAGACAAGGCGAGUGCGCAAUUAUACAAAGGACCAGUCGAUUGCUUACGAAAGAUUGUUGCAAAACAAGGCAUUCGUGGUCUUUAUAAAGGCUUGGGAACAACUAUUGUCAGAGAAACACCGAGCUAUGGUGCAUACUUUGCAGCGUAUGAGCUGAUGACUAGAAUGGUUUUACCCAAAGAUGCUGAUCCCACCGAGCCAUCUACUCGUCUUUUAUUUGCUGGUGGUAUGGCUGGUGUUGUAGGCUGGCUAUCAACAUAUCCAGUGGAUGUAGUAAAAACUCGCCUUCAGUCCAUCGAAGAAGAUAGGACAGGAAAGUAUCGAAAUUUGAUUAAUGGGUUUAAAGUGAUUGCUCGUGAAGAAGGAAUCCGAGUGUUUUUCAGCGGUUUGGGUGCCACGGCUAUUCGCGCGUUCCCUACAAAUGCUGCUACGUUUUAUGUAGUGGUCUGGGUCAAAAACAUGCUUCAUGGCAGUAUUUCCGGCUCUGAAUAA